UUUUCCUGUCAAUUAAUAAAUAACCAUAUUCUCGUACUCCAUGUUAAUGUAAACUAAGAAGAAAGUUGAGAGAGAGACUGAAAUUUUGUUUCAAACUAGCCAGAUUUAACUUAAUCCUUCUCGCGAUGAUGGCUUCUUCCCCUCCAUUCUUUCUAUCUACUUCCAUUGCCAGGGAGUUAACGCACUGAAAUGAAACUUUCAAAUUAUGGUUUUCAGCUUUCAUUUGUGCUGUUCAGCCGCCAACCGUCCCGAUUUAGCCACAUCUUAAGUGGCUGGAAUGGUGUUGGUAGAUCUCUUGUGUUCAUAAGAUCGAAGGGCGGAUAUUUCUGUUCCUCUGGACACUUCUGAAUUUCUUUAUUCAUCUUCAGUAUCCUUACUGUACCUAUCUCUACCAACGUUGGCAAACUUUGGGAUAGCUGAAUGCACAAAAAGCAAUCACAAAUGAAGAAUAUUCCUCUGAUACUGAUGGGUUGUGGAGGUGUUGGACGUCACCUGCUCCAACACAUUAUCACCACCCGUUCUCUUCACUCUCGUAAGGGACUCUACUUGAGAGUUGUGGGAAUUUGUGAUAGUCAGUGUUUGGUUGUCACCCCGGAUUUGUUGAAUAAGGAUUUGGAUGACAGCUUCUUAUCGAAAGCUUGUCAAGUCAAGCAAGAUGGUUCCUCUCUAUCAAUACUUGGUGAUUUUGAUAAAUGCCAGGUGUAUGGGCAUUUAGAAUCACGAGGAAAAAUUUUGGAGAUUGCCUCUCAACUUGGUAAAUCAACAGGUCUGAUCUGUGUAGAUUGCUCUGCCAGUUCUGACACUGUUGUUGUGCUAAAAGAAGUCGUUCAUAUGGGUUGUUGUGCAGUUCUGGCAAACAAAAAACCUCUUACGUCUACAAUGGAGGAUUUUGAAAAGCUUUUUGCGUACCCACAUCGAAUUCGGCAUGAAUCAACUGUUGGUGCUGGACUCCCUGUAAUAGUGUCCCUUAAUCGCAUUAUCUCUUCUGGAGAUACUAUAUAUCGCAUUGUUGGGAGUUUAAGUGGCACAUUGGGGUAUGUGAUGAGUGAGGUUGAAGAUGGGAAGCCAUUGAGCAAAGUUGUUAGAGAUGCUAAAGCUCUAGGUUACACUGAACCAGAUCCUCGUGAUGAUCUAUCUGGAAUGGAUGUUGCUAGAAAGGCUUUAAUUCUUGCUAGAAUUCUUGGCAAGCAGAUUAAUCUUGAUGACAUUAAGAUUGAGAGCUUGUAUCCUAAAGAAUUGGGACCCGAUGUGAUGAGUAUUGAAGAUUUCAUGGACCAUGGCAUAUCUCGUGUGGAUGGAUAUAUGCAAGAGAGAGUAAUGAAGGCAGCUGCUAAUGAGAAAGUAUUGCGCUAUGUGUGUGUGAUUGAGGGACCCAGGUGUGAAGUUGGCAUACUUGAGAUUCCGAAGAAUUCUGCUCUCGGAAGACUGAGAGGAAGUGACAAUAUAUUGGAAAUAAGCACUCGAUGCUACAAGGAGCAACCACUGGUUAUUCAGGGUGCUGGAGCAGGCAAUGACACUACUGCAGCAGGCGUCCUUGCUGAUAUUAUAGAUUUGCAUAGUUUGUUUCAUUGAGAAAGAACUGCCCACCAUUUGUCCCAUAAUUCUUCGCAUUUUUAAAUGCUGGCAGUGGAUUGUUUUGUUUCCAAGAUUCCGACUGAUACCAUUAUCUGACUCUAAUAAAAUCAUAUGGAUUGAUGCUACUCUCUGCUAUUUUAAACAACUAAUUCAUCAUUUUACAAAAGUUA